CGAUAUAUACUCAACUUACGAACCCUAGGGUUUUCUUUGCGGCCGGUGCCCACAGGGAUAUCCAGGGUUCUCCCUCUCUACGCCUCCCUCCUCUCAUUCUCGAAGCAUCACCCAUGGCGCCCACGAAGAAGGCGAAGAAGAGUACCGAGAGCAUAAACAACAGGCUUGCUCUCGUGAUGAAGAGCGGGAAGUAUACCCUUGGGUACAAGACGGUCCUCAGAUCCCUUCGGAAUUCCAAAGGAAAGUUGAUAAUUAUUUCAAACAAUUGCCCUCCUCUUCGCAAGUCUGAAAUUGAGUAUUACGCAAUGUUGUCUAAGGUUGGCGUGCAUCAUUUCAAUGGGAAUAAUGUGGACCUUGGAACAGCUUGCGGCAAAUAUUUCCGUGUAAGCUGCCUCAGCAUUAUUGAUCCAGGUGACUCCGACAUCAUCAAGAGUAUCCCAGGUGACCAAUGAGACGAGGCAGAGAUACCUAGGUUGUACUUGUGUUUUAGGAAUUAUGGUCACUCGAUCAGGUUCUCUUGCUGGGCAUAGUGUUUCCUACUAUAGUGACUGCAAAUUUUUGACUUGAAACUGUGGCGAGAUAAAUGUUAAAUUUAUCAUUGCUCUGUUUUUGUUCCUGUUGCUUUGUCAUAAUUUAUUGCCAAUGGAGACUUAUUCUCGAGUUCCAGGUGAAAUGAUCUGAAUGUGGAUUGUGAGACCCAGUUCUAAUCACAUUUUUUUAUCCCGUA